GUAUGUAUAUAUGUGAGGAUUUGAGCAGAGGUCUUUAUCAAUGAAAAUGGGCGAGAGAGUAUUUUGGAUUGAUGAGAACGAAGAAGGAUCCGAAGAAUUUGAGAGCAGUCACGGCUCUGAUCAUGACGAUUACUCAUCAAACCUUCCUCCUCACCAUUCUCAUCUUCUUCCUCAGGACGCCGGAAACAAUAGUCGACAGUCGCCGGCGUCGGCGUCGGAGAGUUCGAGCAGCCCUAUAGGCCUAACGCUAACCAAGACUCCUUCCUUCCUAAGCUUAUUACAGCGCCGCCUCUCCAAAGGAAAGAAUCCGGCGAAGGAGGAUCACGGCAAGCCGGCGCCGGAGAAACUAAAGGCGUCCAAUUUUCCGGCGGUGUUUAUAGAGAUAGGGUCGUGGCGGAGAACGAGCAUGCAUCAAGGUGACCUCGUUGCGAAGCUUUAUUAUGCCAAGCGCAAGCUUGUGUGGGAGCUCCUCGACGGAGCUUUGAAGAGCAAGAUCGAAAUGCAAUGGUCCGACAUCGUCGCCAUACGAGCUACCACGCUGGAAAAUCUCCCCGGCAUCUUGGAGAUCGAGGUGAAUAGGCCGCCGUUGUUCUACCGUGAAUCGAGCCCUCAGCCGAGGAAGCACACCCUCUGGCACCAGACCACUGAUUUCACAUCCGGCCAAGCUUCCAUUUGGAGGAGGCAUUAUGUGAGAUUCCCGGAGGGAGUUCUCGACAGGCACUACAGCAAGCUUCUUCAAUACGACGACCGCCUCGCCGCCCUCAGCCGCCGCCAAUUUCCGAGCUCCGAAUCUCCAUAUUUCGACUGGCACAUCUCCCCAGCUCACUUUGCCCUCACAUUCACCCCACCAUUACCAACACAACCUCAAUUUCACCAAAUGCAUCAUGGGAUCACCACAACCAUGCCGCCGCCGCCGCCUAAUUUUAUUGAACUGGUUGCUCCAAACUCCACAAUAAUUACAUCUGGUAUGGAUCUGACGCUCGGACAUGGAGGAAAUCUCAAUCGAUUAGGACUGUCUCAAAUUCAGCCCAGCAGCACCCCAUUUUCCAAUUACCAAUUUAACAACUUGCUGCCGGAAUCUUCCCUGGCCACCGCCGGCGAUGCGCAGGUUUAUUCGUUCCCGGAGUCGGCUGGAUUUCGUCACUACAGCGUCGCCGCCGCCGGUGGUCUCUCAUCGGAAAGCGCAAACUGGCGAUUUGCCGCUUCUCAAGGGUUUACUGCUAACGUCGACAUGGAUCAGAAUGUGGAUAGCAAUCCUUACAAUUUGGGGAACUUCAAUUUCUGAGAAUUUGUACGGAUAAUUGUAAUUACAUAUAUUAUAUAGACGAUGUUCUUGAACUUUCUUCAUGUAUGAUUUUAUGCAUAUUUGGGUUUAUAUGAAAUGACGAUAA